UGUCACUUCCCGUAAGACAACUUCCGCUAGGAAUGACAACAACAGACAGCUGUUGUCAAGAUGGCGGAUGGCUAUGGAGGAGAAGAGGGUCCCCUGGACGCUAAAGAAGCCGGGGAUCAAAUUAAAUCAAUUUUGAGGCGUUGUAGAGGCCGUCCCAGGCUCACGGAUUCUGACCGAGCACAAAGACGUCUCGAGUCCCGCAAGAAGUAUGAUGUUAGGCGAGUUUAUCUUGGAGAAUCUCACAAGGUUUGGAGUGAGCUUCGCCGGCGAACGAGGUUGAGUGACGCUGGACUUGCCGAGUACCUAAUCCUGCUCAACUCCACGUAUGGGGAGAGAUACCAGCAAAAAUACGGAGGGUAUGUUUACGAAUAAUACAUAAAAUCAGAAUAUCAAACUAACUAGUAACUAAUAUUGUUUAGGUAGCAUAUCCCCUCUCGUCUUUUGUUGACAUUCAGAUAAAUGUGAAUCCUUUCCCCAUGCCACUUCCUUUAAUCAAUUGGGUUAGCUAGCUCAUGCUAUCAACUCAAUAGUGCUUAACGUUAACACAGUAUCCUCAUGCAAUAAAGUUACUGUCAUAUUUAUAUUCCUGGCCGCUAGGAAGACCACCCUAGACGUAUGUGCAAAACUGAAAAGAGGUAAGAAAGAACAACACAUUUUAUCCACUUACCUAUGAAGAAAGGUAGCCCUACAUGAGGGAUUGAUUGAUACAUUUAUGUCACUGUUGAUACUUAUUUUCUUACAGGGAAGAAGGAGAGAGUGUCUAGCCUUUGUAGCGUGGUGACCUGGUACCAGGAUCACUCCCAGACCUGCCCACAUGAACCGCAGCUCAGAGCUCUGGAACCACAACAUGGAUUCUCCACCUCUGCUAUCUGGCAGUGUGAUGCAGACCAUUCAUUUGUACAGCACCUCUCCUCGCCACCUAGAGGGGCCAGUGAUCCUGAGAUGGAGACAGAGACAGAGGAGGAAGUUGACAGGGACACUGGGACAGAGGAAACCGGAGGAAUCAUGACCAGGAGGAGGAGGAGAGAGACAGAUGCCCACAGACAGCUCACUGGUAAGAGAUACAGUACAUUCAGAUACUAAUUUGGCUUUUAAUUGUUCAGGGUCACAUGUAACAGUAUGGGAACCACUGAUCUGACAUAAACCAAGUAACCUGUAUUUAAAUGCAUCUGUAUUCUGUACACUUUCCUAGAUGCAGGAGGGGAUUUGGAAGUGGCCGGAGCUCUGGUGACUAUCAAUCAGGUGGAGCAGGCCACGGCUCUCAGCCAGCUCCCAGGGAUGGAGGCCCCAUCUAGGGAAACUCCACUAACGGAGCACCUCUCUGAGAACCAGUCUGUCUGGGAGAUGGAGGUGGUGAUGGAGGCAGGCAGACAGCAAGCCCAGGAGUCUGACAAUGAGGGGACAGGUUACAAUGCUGUAGGGGAGGACAUCAACCCAGAGGAGGAGGCGGAGGACCUGAGAAGAGACAGAGGAGAUGAAGGAGUGGGUACAUCACAAGAUGGCUACGAGUGUGUUGUAGUGACUGCAUCCUUAACUGACAGACUGGACAAAACCGAUGAGGAGGACACCACACAGACAAUGUGUGACACAGUUGGUGUAGACACUCAGCCCAACCUCCAUCCAGUCCCAGUCUCUUUGCAGGUGCCUGGGCAGGGGGAGCUGUUUGAUUCUCAGACACUACAGACUGUGGGGACCAGCUGUGAGAUACCAGACCAGCGAGGAACUCUGGAGGGUUCUCAGGUUUAAAAAAAAAACGUGUUGGGUCUAAUACUCAUUAGUCAUUUGUCUUGGAAUUUUAUCACAAUCAAGUAUUUGUCGUCCCUGAAAGCACUGCCUUAUAUAGUAGUCAUAUUAACAUGUAGCCUAUCCUAUGUCCCUCUCCCUGUCAUUCCUAGCUGAUCAUCAUCACUGGCCCCAGCUACGAGGCUUUGGCGUCCGAGGGCAUCCAGCUCAACAUGGGGGGCGGAGACGUGGAGGAGGUCACCUGCACUGUCAUAGAGGGUGUGGCUUACAACCAAAUGUGCCAGUCAGGGGCAGACUUUAGGACGACAGAGGAAGACUCCAUCACAGGUACUGCUGGCACAGAGUAUUUUAGCCUUUGCUAACACCGACAGACAAUGCAUUCGAAUAUGCUGUAAUUGCUGUAUAUGCUUAUUAAAGGAUACUGACAUUGACAAGAAUCAAUUAAGAAUAGGUUGCUAUUCCAAUGGUUUGAGACAUUUUUCUCUCAACCCCUCAGGCCUGAGUGACAAGGAGCUGCUCCAGUCCAGUGUUGAGUCUCAUGGCUUGGAGCCCACCUGUGAGAGGGAGCUACAGAGGGGCCUGAGCAGGUGAGUGGCCAGCAUGGAGAAUUAUGGGCAUCACAUCUGUAGAGACAAACUUGGAUGGACAUGCCAUUUUCAUUCCUGUCUUGACUUCCUCAGAGCACUUCUGUAGACUAACCACAGGCAUCGCUCCCUUUUCUAUUUCAGAUGUAGGAGGAGCAGACGAGGUCCUGUCAUCGAGGCAGACGGAAUGCUCAAGAUGUUCCACUGUCCGUAUGAAGGCUGUAGUCAGGUCUAUGUAGCCAUCAGCAGCUUUCAGGUAAAUAGGCUCUUUCAAGCACUCGCCACUUCAGAUUUUGCCUUGAUUUGGAACACCUGGACCUUGUAGUGCCAUCAAGUUCAGAAUAAAGGAAAUAGAAAUGUACAUGUUGCUGUAACUACCAUUUCAUGCUGUGAUUCAUAAUAUGUACUUUUUGUUCUUUGUAUGUUCCCUGCAGAACCAUGUGAAUCUGGUUCACAGGAAGGGGAGGACCAAGGUGUGCCCCCACCCUGGCUGCGGCAAGAAGUUCUAUCUGUCAAACCACCUGCAUCGCCACAUGAUCAUCCACUCAGGUGGGCACACACAUACAAACAACUCUAAAUACUGAUAUACAUUGGCGCAUGAGCUAGUAGGAAUAACUUUGUCCCCUCAUUUUUCAACAAAGUUUGUCGCAGAUGCCGAUCUAAUUCUUCAUCAAACUUUGUGUAGGAGUCCGAGACUUCAUCUGUGAAACGUGUGGGAAAUCGUUCAAACGGAAGAAUCACUUGGAGGUUCACCGGCGCACGCACACAGGAGAGACGCCCCUUCAGUGAGUGAAACACUUUGAUCACUCACAUGUUUUUACUCCCAGACAGUUUAUUUCAUUUUCUCAACACAUUUUAUAUUUAGGUUUUGUACAAUAUAUGCAAUUUUGUCUGCCAAACAGAAAUGACAAUAUGUUGCACUCCUAAAAACAUUUUCUGCAGAUUAGAAUAAUCUUUAAUGUUUCCCCUUCGUCUUGUCUCCCUCCUCUACUUCUUCUGCAGGUGUGAGAUCUGUGGGUACCAGUGUCGCCAGCGAGCAUCUCUCAACUGGCACAUGAAGAAACACACCCCCGAGGCCCACUACAACUUCACCUGCGAACACUGCGGCAAGAGGUUUGAAAAGCUUGACAGCGUUAAAUUCCACAAGUUAAAGAGCCACCCAGACAAACAGGCAACGUGAAGGGCAGUGCUGCUGGAAUGUGCAUUAAAUAUCAACUGGCCAGGGUCAGACCAGAAUGGGACUGAAUCUGUCUGACAAAAUAAAACAAUAGAGGAAGAGUGCCCAUAGAGACAGGUAUGACCUUUUGGGGAAAGAGCAGCUCUUUUGAAUGAACACUUAGGACAUUGCUUAGUCUCCCUCCCUAUAAUGGGCUUUAGACCAUGCUCUCAAAGCUGUGCUGGACACAGCCUUUUCAGAGCUCACAGAGGCAGCCUUGCUGUUGGUGUAGUACAUUUCAGCACAGUUGUUUACAUAAUGUGUUGUACGCCUCUAAACCAUACUGUCUCUAUACCAUAUUAUUAACAUAUCCAUUGAUUUUCU